UCGGUCGUCCCCGUGUUUUUUUCCAAGCCAUGAAAAGUCAACGACCUGUCUUACUCUUAUACCGAUUCGCGACGACGUGUUGGCCAGUCAGUCUCCUGUAGGAAAAUUCCGUUCGACACCAUCCCCCCCUUUUUGGGAGGUGGGGUUUUGCCUCCGAGCGUAUUUCCUGAAUCUGUGGGCAUCCGGGAAAAACACGAAAGCUCUUAGUUUUUUUUUCUCUGUGUUAGAUAUCUCUUUCGAUUUGUUUUGAAGGAUAUUUGGAUCGAUGGAUCAAAGGCCGUUGGGAUUGCUGACGAUUCACGUCAAGAGAGGGAUCAAUCUGGCGAUCCGCGAUGCUCGAAGCAGCGAUCCAUACGUCGUCCUCUCUGUCGGCGAUCAGUCUCUCAAGACCCGUGUGGUGAAGAAAAACUGCAAUCCCACAUGGAAUGAAGAAUUCAGUUUUGCCAUCAAAGAUCCCAAUGUUCCGAUCCGCUUGACGGUGUUUGACAAAGACAAGUUCACGGGGGACGACAAGAUGGGAGAUGCAAACAUCGACAUUCAAGCGUAUCUGGAGGCACUGAAAAUGGGAAUGGAGCUGCUGAGGCUGCCAAAUGGGUGCGCCAUCAAAAGGGUAGAACCGAAUAGGCAGAAUUGUUUAUCAGACGAGAGCAGCAUCGUCUGGAACAACGGCAAGAUCACUCAAGACAUGAUCCUACGCCUCAACAAUGUCGAGUGUGGCGAAGUUGAGCUCAUGCUCGAGUGGCAUGAAGGCCCCGGUUGCCGCGGUCUCCUUCCCUCCUCUUAGUACCAUCCCAUUCUCUCUCUCUCCUCUUUCUGUGAGUUAUCAUGCCGUUGGAUGUAUAAUAAACCAUUUCCAUUUGGUAAAGCAAAAGAGUCUUUGAACAUUCAGAAUCUUGUUUUUUUCCUUUCAUUCCUGAAAAAUGUUGAAGAGAUUCAUCCAUUGUUUACUUGUUGUGGGUCACAGACAGUUUCUCAAUGCGCAGUCACAAACUCAUAUCU